AUGGCGUCCAUUACCCGCGCGUUGCGGCCUCUGUGCCGCACUACUCCCUCCUUCCGCAUGGCCGCAAGACGGCCAUUGCCCUCUCAUUUAGCUCGGAGUACCCAUGCAUUCUCUACCACAUCCCGCCGGCGGGAUGUCGACUUGUCCAGUCUGACACCAACCCCGAUCACCCUUCUUUCCGAAACAGAGUCGAUGAUGGCCGACACAGUGUCAAAGUUCGCUCAGGAGCAGAUUGGACCUAAAGUCCGAGACAUGGAUGAGGCGGAAGCCAUGGACCCCGCCAUUGUCGAGCAGCUGUUCGAGCAAGGGUUGAUGAGUAUUGAGGUCCCCGAGGAAUACGGUGGAGCCGGCAUGAACUUCACAUCCGCUAUCGUGGCGAUUGAGGAACUGGCAAGGAUUGACCCUAGCGUCAGUGUCAUGGUCGAUGUUCAUAACACACUCGUGAACACGGCCAUCCUGAAAUACGGUGAUGCCCAGGCGAGACGGACGUGGUUGCCCAAGCUAGCUACGGGCACUGUGGGGUCAUUCUGUCUCUCUGAGCCUGCGUCUGGAUCGGACGCGUUCGCUCUGCAGACCAAGGCCGAGAAGCUUUCCGAUGGAUAUAAGCUGAAUGGUUCGAAGAUGUGGAUCACCAACGCCAUGGAGUCUGGUGUAUUCAUUGUCUUCGCCAAUCUUGACCCGAGCCAAGGGUACAAGGGUAUUACCGCCUUUAUUGUCGAGAAGGACACACCCGGAUUCUCUAUUGCCAAGAAGGAGAAGAAGCUGGGCAUCCGCGCCAGCAGCACCUGCGUGCUCAACUUCGACGACGUGGUGAUUCCCAAGAGCAACCUCCUCGGUGAAGAAGGACAGGGCUACAAGUAUGCCAUCAGCGUUCUUAAUGAGGGCCGCAUUGGUAUUGCUGCUCAGAUGACUGGUUUGGCGCUGGGUGCCUGGGAGAACGCUGCUCGCUAUGUCUGGAAUGACCGCCGCCAGUUUGGCCAGCUCAUUGGAACCUUCCAAGGCAUGCAGCAUCAGUUGGCACAGGCCUACACCGAAAUUGCUGCGGCACGUGCUCUAGUCUAUAAUGCCGCACGCAAGAAGGAAGCAGGUCAAGAUUUCGUCCAGGACGCCGCGAUGGCCAAGCUCUAUGCCUCCCAGGUUGCCGGCCGCGUAUCCGGCUCUGCAGUUGAAUGGAUGGGCGGAAUGGGCUUUGUGCGUGAGGGUAUCGCAGAGAAGAUGUUCCGUGAUAGCAAGAUCGGCGCUAUCUACGAAGGAACCAGCAAUAUCCAGCUGCAGACCAUCGCGAAACUUCUGCAGAAGCAGUAUACUAACUAG